AUGCCACCCAAGAAAAGUGCUGAGAGGUCAUGGAAGACCUCUACUGCAAAGUGCAAGGUAACUGCGCGCCUUAGAGAGUCUGAUGAAGAACGAAAUCAGAAGCUAGCAAAAAACCAAGCGAGGAUUGAAACUGCUCGGCAAAUGGAAUCUUUAGAGUAUCGUGCCGAAAAGUUUGCCAAAGACAGGACCAUGCAUGAAGUUGGCCGUAUACCACCACCAUCGUUCUGUUUUUCUGAGCCCCGUGCUGCUUUCUACUAUGAUCGUUCAAAAAACUACCUCAACGAUUCAGUAGUAUUAAUUAGGGAUCUAUCUGUUUCGUGUACCCACUACGGUGCGAGGAAAUUUCCUGCUGAGAUUUUUGGGACGUGCUGCUCCAACGGCAAAGGGACACUACCUUUGCUUCAACCUCCCCCACAGCCUCUCAGGGAUCUAUUGGAAGGUAAUGUACCCGAUUCUAGAGGUUUCCUAGACAAGAUCCGACUGUACAACUCAGCCUUCCAAAUGACCUCAUUUGGAGCAAGUAAGGAAGUUGUAGAGCCUGAAUUUAUGCCUACUUUUAAAGUGCAAGGACAAGUUUAUCACCUCAUUGGCUUCCUCAUGCCACAGUCUAAUGAGCCUGCCAAGUUCCUCCAGAUUUACUUCAUGGGAGAUUCACAGCAACAAUGUGACAGACGAUGUCAAAACUUUCAAAAUCUUGACUGA